CCACGCACCCUGUCGCAGAACCGCGUGCUCCAUCUCGUGGUAUUCGUUCCCGAUCUAUCCUCUAUCGCGAUGGCUUCCUCUGGAAUCGAUCAGCCGUCCUUCAGUAAGGACCGUCACCCACGUUCAGCCUCUGGAGAGGCAACUGUCAAGGAUGAAGAGUCUGUUGCGAUGACCACGCCCGCUAUCAACAAAGAAGAGCCUGUCGAUAUGACGAUGUCGGUGAUCAAGAAAGAGGAGUCGGUCGAUGCUGUCAACAGUGGCGGCUCAUCUCCUUCUCGUGAAAAUGACCCUGCCUCGUGGACCGAGUGGGAGAAGCAGAUGAAAGCAAUCCGCGCCGGGAUCGAGGAGUGGAAGAAAGAAGCCUGCGUCAUGACUGAAGAGCUUAGGAAGGAGACCGACAGGGUAAAAAGCUUUAAUAAAGAGCUAAAACUACUGAUCGAUAAACGUCGCAAAUUUGGUGGCUACGACAAUCAGACCCGGAGCAAUCACCAUGUGUCCUUUGACACAAGUGUCCAGACGUUCGGCGCCAUGGAAGCCAUCGAGGAGGCUGACAAGAAAUAA